AUGUCUCGCCGCUACGAUUCACGAACCACGAUCUUCUCACCAGAGGGUCGACUCUACCAGGUAGAGUACGCUCUUGAGGCCAUCUCGCACGCCGGUACCGCCAUCGGUAUUCUUGCCAAGGAUGGCAUCGUGCUCGCCGCCGAACGCAAGGUCACCUCCAAGCUCCUCGAGCAGGACACCUCAGCCGAGAAGCUCUACAUCCUCAAUGACAACAUGAUCUGCGCCGUCGCAGGUAUGACGGCCGACGCCAACAUCCUCAUCAACUAUGCCCGACAGGCAGCGCAGCGUUACCUCCUUACCUACAAUGAAGACAUCCCCUGCGAGCAGCUCGUAAGGCGACUGUGCGACUUGAAACAAGGCUACACACAGCAUGGUGGACUGCGACCAUUCGGUGUGUCGUUCAUCUACGCUGGCUGGGACCCGCGACGCGAAUUCCAGCUGUACCUGAGCAACCCAUCGGGCAACUAUGGCGGCUGGAAAGCGACAAGUGCAGGUGCGAACAAUGCGAGCGCGCAAAGCUUGUUGAAGCAAGAUUACAAGGAGGAUUGCACACUGAAUGAGGCAUGCGACAUGGCUGUCAAGGUGCUGAGCAAGACGAUGGACUCAACCAAGUUGAGCAGCGAGAAGAUCGAGUUCGCCACAGUCGGGCAAACGGACGACGGCAAGAUCUACCACAAGCUAUGGAGUGCCGAGGCCAUCGACGAGCUGUUGGAGAAGAACGAUCUUGCUAAGAAGGAGGAGAGUGAGGACAAGUAA